CUAAACCUCACCUUGUUCUGGCUCAGAUGGGGCAAAUCACAGAAUUUGAUGGGCAGGUGAGGUUUCCUUAUAUAACCUCUUCAGCUUUACCACAUUUGCAGCCUUGUUGCUUUAAGGAGUCAGGGCCCUUGAAUGUGCAGGUUUAUUCAAUGUACCCCCUUCCCUCAUGUACAGAUUUAGCUCAAAAGCUGAACAGUAAAUGACUACGUCUCCUUCUGUUCUUUGACUCUUGAAACAAUGUCGCAGAAGUCAUUUCUUCUCCAGGUGUAUUUUCCAGUAUUGUAUUAGGAGUCAGAACUAGCAGUGCAGAGAAAAAUCAGCGCAAACAGACCAUGACUGAUCCCCCUACUACUGGGUUGUACAGACAAAAUGGCAGAGAAAGGGUCUUCGGGGAUGGUGACCUUCAUUGUGUUUGGGAAUAUUGUUAUAUUGCUCUCUGGCCUUGCGCUGUUUGCAGAGACGAUCUGGGCAACCACCGACCCCUACAAGGUCUAUCCUAUUCUGGGGGUGACUGGGAAAGAUGACGUUUUUGCCGGCGGCUGGAUUGCCAUAUUCUGUGGAUUCUCAUUCUUUAUACUUGGAGUCUUUGGCAUCCUCGCAGUGCAGAGAGGGAGUCGCACUAUGGUUCUGACGUACUUGGUGCUGAUGAUGAUCGUCUAUAUAUUUGAAUGCGCCUCCUGUAUCACUUCCUUCACACACAGAGAUUACAUGAUCAACUCCAAUGUGAUUAAGGGUCAGAUGUUGACGUACUACUCAGACAGCAGCACCCCCCAGGGAAGGGACGUCACCGGCGUGUGGCUCAGGAUGAUGCUGGAGAAAAACUGCUGCGGUGUGGACGGGCCCCUGGAUUGGGUGGAUUAUUCCUCCACUUUCCGCAAGACGUACAAUGAAACCACCGCCCCUUGGCCCUUGUGGUGCUGCCAGAGAGACAGUAACUUCCAGAUCAUCAAUCAGCAGGGAUGUGUAGUUGGACUCAAGUCUUAUGUUUACCAGCAGGGCUGCUUUGAUCACAUAUCCAAUGCCAUCAACAGCUACACUUGGGGCAUCUCUUGGUUUGGCUUUGCCAUCCUUAUGUGGACGAUGAUCGUCAUGUUGGUAACUAUGUACAACUACACCAAGAUGAACUGAGGAGCCACAUAUCCCACGUGUUACCUGGCGCUGCCCAAUAAAAGAGCUUUAAGCCUCCCCAGAACCCCCAUUGGACUCGUUUUUUUCCUGAAGCGAUGAACUGCCAGUUGUUUCCUUUGUCAGCCUCCUGGGGGCGCUCUCUCAAAAUCCCUUCAUUCUCUGGGAAAUGGAGAAAAGGACUUCACCCCCCCCAACAGGCAUUUGCCUUGUAUAGAGCAGAGUUGCCUUGUAUAGAGCAGAGUUGCCUUGUAUAGAGCAGAGUUGCCUUGUAUAGAGCAGAGUUGCCUUGUAUAGAGCAGAGUUGCCUUGUAUAGAGCAGAGUUGCCUUGUAUAGAGCAGAGUUGCCUUGUAUAGAGCAGAGUUGCCUUGUAUAGAGCAGAGUUGCCUUGUAUAGAGCAGAGUUGCCUUGUAUAGAGCAGAGUUGCCUUGUAUAGAGCAGAGUUGCCUUGUAUAGAGCAGAGUUGCCUUGUAUAGAGCAGAGUUGCUGUACAUUAGAACAACCUGUGCACCCAGAGAGCAUUUUAUUCUAUGUCUGCUCCUCUUCCAUGUAUGUAUUCUAGUUGAUCAUUCUGCUUCCCAAGGGACACGUGUCUUAACUUUAUUUGUGUUACAUAAUACUAUAAUACUUUAAUUCUAUAAUAAUUGGUACCGGCACCUGCUCUCACAAGGGCCAAUGGUUUCAUGAUUUAUAUUCCUAUUACUGAACUGGAAUGUUAUGUUUCAUUCUUGUGGAUUACAGGGGCUGCUGGGAAUUGUAGUUCAGUGAUUAUUUGCUGGUUGGUGGCUAGCCUUUAAUUCCAAACAUUGUUUUAUGAUUGGGAAGCACCAAAACCGACUGAGAGCAUUUGAUUCAAUGAAGCCACAAGCCCUGCCCUUUAUACUCUCACUUCAAACACCCACCUGGAAUAUAUAUUUCCUUUUGUAUAGUACAGUGUUUUGUCUUGUUAAGGAAAAAAUAAAUGUAUUAUGUGUUU